AUGCUGCACUUCUUCCGGGCCAGCUGGAUCCUCCUGACCGCGUUCACGGGCAGCUACCGGGUGAUCACUUGGAAUGCGCAGGCUUUCUUCGCUUCCAACCGGGCCCGCGCGCUGGGGAAGCAGGCCUUCGCCGCCAAGCUCCUGCAGAGGUUCGAGCCCAACCCCGCGAUUGAUGAAAUCUGGCCAGGUCGGGCCUUGAGGCUGCGCCUGCAGGGGAAAAACGGCGCCCUCGACCUCUUUGUGGCGUAUUUCCACACGGGCAACGUUGUCGGCGAGGCGGACUUGCACGGCGUAUCUCCAGCAUGGCGGGAUCGAUGCACUACCUUCCCUCAACUGCGGAUGCAUCUUCGCCAUCGCGUUGCGCAGGCGGUUCGCCCGCAGAACGAGGCCUUCACCAUCAUCGGAGGGGAUUUCAACUGGACCGUGCAGGAGCAGGACAGGCGUUCGAAAACUACCAUGCACACAUCAGGUCGAGGCGGGGCGGCGGAGGAGAAACACUUCCUGAGCUGCACGCGAGGCUUCGAGGAGCUAUUCCAAGAGGAGAUGACUCAUGAGUGCGAGUCGGCUUUCUCGCGCAUCGACCGCUUAUAUUCCAACCAGCACGCGGUGGAGACGAUCGACCGGGAGUUCCGCGUGGCAGCGCUGGAGUGGCGACGGGAUCUCUCCAAUCAUCGGCCUGUGUUCGCUUGCCGGCGGACGCCUGAUAGGUCCGCUGCGGGCCUCAAGCCCCUCUCCGCCGACGCUUACCAGCACCCUGACUUUGUUCGACGAGUCAAGUUGGAGAUGCAGGAGAGGCUGGCGGACGUCCCGAACAUCUCGGCUUUGGGCUGUCUCCGCUUGCUGAAGACGGUGAUGCGGGACGUCGCCUCGGGCCUUGCUCGGGAGUCCACGGGCUUCCAGGCGGCCACGGACGACGAGGACAAACUGGGGGUAGUGAUGCGCUUUUUACGGGCGGCCGAACAAAGAUGCCUCUCUGCCAUAUCUCGGUGCUUGAUUCGAUACCCUCGCAUCUCAGAGUUCGUGUGCGAUCCGUAUGACUUUGAUGCCAACCUCUCUUCCUCCCUGCUCCGACUUCGCGAUCACGCUGUGGAGCUCGCGCGGGACAUCGCGUUGACCAGAAUGCAGGCGAAGCGGAAGAAGGGCUCGCGGCUCCUUUUCCGGCUGAGUCCAGGCAGGGGCGGCGGCCUCGGCGCCAUCGUCGACAGGCACGGCCGGGUGGUCACCGACUCGCGCGGCAUGGCGAACAUAUUGCGGAGCCACUGGACGGCGACAUUCGCAGCGACAGGCGUGGACGAGAACAAACUCGGCGACUGGCUUGCGGACGACGCGGCGGCCAGAGCUGCAAGUGGCCCGCCUCGUCUUGAUUGGGGUGGCUUCCGGAUUCGCCGGAAGGAUAUUUCGGCGGCCAUCCGUCAGGCUAAAAAUUGCUCUCCGGGACCCGACGGGAUCCCCUACGGGGCCUGGCGUGCCCUGGGCAGCCUUGCCGUGGAUACCCUGCACAACGCAUUGCGUGAUCUGGCAUCACCGGAUGGGCAGCGCAUCCUGGAGCAGGAUUUCCCGGACUUCAACGAGAGCUUGCUGUUCUUCCUCCCCAAAUCCUCCAAUGCUGCCGCCCCGGAUGGCACCCCGGCGGCGGCGCGCCUACUGCUGCCUGGCCCAGGGGGCUGGCUGUCUGCGGCCGCGGCCGAGGACUUGAAGGCGGUUCGCUUUCCGGACCAGCUGGUGGGCAUGUCUGCUGCGGCCGUGGCCGCCGAAGCCCGGGUCCAUCGUUUCGAGGCGGACUCCAUGGGAGGUCUGCAAGUGGAGGACCGCAUCCGUCGAUUGGAGGAACCACCACUGGCUCACUGCUCCCUGGCCCGCAGCGCCUGGGUGUCGCAGCGGGUGCGCAACUCGUUUUUGCACAUCUUGUCCCGGGCGGCUGCUCGCGCCAGCAUGCUGCUGCAGCGCGCCGCCGGCGUGCGCUCGUGGAUCAGCCUGCAGGCGGGAUGGCAGGGCCAGAUGACGAAAUUGCUGGCUGUCGGCUGCAGGGGCGAGGCCAUGCGGCACUUCCGCCGGAAGCUGGACAGGUGGCGGUUGGACGUCCUCCCCGGCCGACGAGUGGGCAGGGCGCUGAGGGUCUUGGACGUCCUUGCCCGCCGUUCCGCACCUCGGACUCAGGCCGCGUUCAUCCGGACGGUGACCAAUGGUUGGUGCACCCGGCAUCGUUUUCAACAGCGAGGCCAUUGCCCCUUCCGCUGCGGGGCCGAGCGGGACUCCAUCGAGCACCUGGCGUGCUGCAGCGCGGUGCGCGCGCUCCUUUCCACCCACCUGCACGGCGGCAGCUUUCGGUCGCCGCAGACGCUCGACGAUUUUCUUUGCCUUUCUUUGCAUGCCUCCGAGGAGGAAGUUGUGUCGCGCGGAGUGGGGCUCUACGCCAUCUACCGCUUAUUUAAUGCCCUCAGAAACAGUGGCCUGGCCCACAACGACUUGUGGGGGGCCUUCCGUCCAUGCGCCCAGUUUGCGCUCUAG